AUGUCUGUCGUGGGAGUAGACUUGGGGACGCUGAACACCGUCAUUGCCGUUGCGCGGAAUCGCGGUGUUGACGUGAUCACAAAUGAAGUCUCCAACCGCGCCACCCCGUCUCUGGUAGGCUUCGGCCCCAAGAGCAGGUACAUCGGUGAGGCCGCAAAGAACCAGGAGGUCUCCAACCUCAAGAACACCGUCUCUUCCUUCACACGCCUCGCCGGCCGCUCUCUCAACGACCCCGAUGUCGAUGUCGAGAAGAACUUUGUCUCGGCACCCUUGGUCGACAUCAACGGCCAGGUCGGCGCCGAGGUCACCUAUCUGGGCAAGAAGGAGAAGUUCACGGCUACCCAGAUCACCGCCAUGUACCUCACAAGGGUCAAGCAGACCGCCUCCGCCGAGCUCAAGCUUCCCGUCGCCGACGUUGUCAUCAGCGUGCCCGCCUGGUACACCGACGCCCAGCGGAGAUCGCUGCUCGAUGCUUCCGAGAUCGCUGGACUCAAGACCCUGCGCUUGAUCAACGACACCACCGCCGCUGCCCUCGGCUGGGGUAUCACUAAGCUCGACCUUCCUGCGCCCGAGGAGAAGCCCAAGAGGGUAGCCUUCGUCAACAUCGGCCACAGCAACUACACUGCCUCGAUUGUUGAGUUCAAGAAAGGCGAGUUGACCGUCAAGUCGACAGCCUGGGACCGCCACUUCGGUGGUCGUUACAUUGACCAGGCCCUGGUCGAGCACUUCGGCAAGGAGUUCAAGGAGAAGUACAAGAUUGACAUCUUUGAGAACGCCAAGGCCAAGUUCCGUGUCCAGGCUGGUGUUGAGAAGUUGAAGAAGAUCCUUUCGGCCAACACCGCCGCCCCCCUGAACAUCGAGUCCGUCAUGAACGAUGUCGAUGUUCGCGGUAUGCUUAAGCGUGAAGAGCUCGAAGAGCUCAUCGAGCCUCUGCUUCAGCGCGCCACGGCCCCGAUCGAGCAGGCGCUCGCGGAAGCUAAGCUCAAGCCCGAGGACAUUGACGCCAUCGAGAUGAUCGGUGGUUGCACACGUGUUCCCGCGCUCAAGUCCCGUAUCCAGGAAUUCUUCGGCAAGCCUUUGUCUUUCACCCUGAAUCAGGACGAGGCCGUUGCCCGUGGCUGCGCUUUCAGCUGUGCUAUCCUUUCUCCCGUUUUCCGCGUUCGCGACUUUUCCGUACACGACAUGGUCAGCUACCCCAUCGAGUUCACCUGGGAGAAGUCCGAAGAUAUCCCCGACGAGGACACUAGCUUGACCGUCUUUAACAAGGGCAACGUCAUGCCUUCCACCAAAAUCCUUACCUUCUACCGCAAGCACGGCUUCGACCUCGAGGCCAGGUAUGCGAAGCCGGAGCAGCUUCCUGGAAAGACAAACCCCUGGAUUGGCCGUUUCUCAGUAAAAGGCGUCAAGGAAGACCCCAAGGGCGACUUCAUGAUCUGCAAGCUGAAGGCGCGUUUGAAUGUGCACGGUGUUCUCAACGUUGAAUCUGGAUACUACGUAGAAGAGGUUGAGGUUGAGGAACCCAUUCCAGAAGAAAAGAAGGAGGGUGACGUACGUAUUUCCAGUUCUUCGUCUGCUUAUUUCGACCCCCGUUACGAUUCUGUCGAUCCGAGUAGCGAGCAGCAGUCCGAUGAGUCUUCUGAAGAGCGCCGCGCUGCGAAACGACGAAAAUCAAAUGCCAAUGUUGUAUCGCAAGCUUCUGUUUCUUUGCCUGUUGAAGAGGCGCUAACAAAAGAUCGACAGGCAAUGGACGUCGACUCCAAGGAAUCCAAGGAGCCCCCGAAGAUGCGCAAGGUCAAGAAGCAGCAGCGCAAGGGCGAUCUACCUCUUUCAGCAGGCACCGCCGCCCUGGACCAGGCGAACAAGGAUGCGGCGAUGGAGAAGGAGAACCAGAUGAUCAUGGAGGAUAAGCUUGUUGCCGAUACCGAGCACCAGAAGAACGACCUUGAGGCGUUCAUUUACGAGCUCAAGGACAAGAUUCUCGACGUUUACGCCGAGUUCGCCAACGACGACGAGAAGGCUAGGCUGAACGCUAAGCUCGAGCAAACAGAGGACUGGCUGUAUGACGAGGGUGAAGAUGCAACUAAGGCACAGUACGUCUCCAAGUCGGAAGACAUCCGCUCGAUCGCCGGUCCCAUCAUCCAGCGGUACAACGACAAGAUCCAAGAGGAGCAAGCCGCCAUCCGCAAGAAGCACGAGGAACAGGCCUCUGCUAAGCAGGCCGAGAUCGAGCGCAAGAAGCGCGAAGAGGAGGCCAAGAAGCAGGCCGAAGCACCCGAGCCAAAGGACUCAGAGAUGACCGAUGCUGAGACGACGCAGAAACCGGAUGAGGUCGAGGAGCCCUCGGCGUAA